AUGGCCGAACACACCGACCAGACCCUGAAAACGCUUGAGCAGCAUGACACUGUACAGAAAUACUUGGUGCACUCAGAUGAAAGUACUGAAGAAGUGAUCAUUGCGGGGAUUUCUAAUGAAUAUGCUUCUGGGGGGUUUCUCAGCGCCAUGCAAACUGAUGUAGUACAGCCGGCCAGAGCAGCUGUGGCAGCAAAUGAAACACACGAAGAAAACGAAAGUCCAUCAUCUCGCCCAAGGUCUAUAAGUGUUAGCAGGUUUUUCCCCAACUUGAAGUCUCCUAGGGAACCGAAUGUGAAGGGCCAUAGAAAGACACAAUCUGAAAAUAUUGCUGGACAGACGGCCACAACAAACAUCGAAGGCAGAACACCACCACGGAGAAACCGUUCCGCAGUUAACUCUCUCUCGUUAGGGGUCGAAUGCGGCCAGCAGAUCGACCAAGGGAGUGAGGUCAAAAAAACACAGUCGCAAGAGCCCGAAAAAACUGGUAAACCGAUACGCACUGCCGUUUUUGAUCGACCGCGUCUCGAUCAUCAGCUCGUAGUAGCUUUGAAGGACGACGAUUCCACUCAUAGGAAGUUUCUACCAAACGGCGACCUCGCCCGACUGGUCACGCAGGAGUUGGUGGAUCGUGAAUUGUCAAGAUCAAAAAAGGAAUAUUUCGCGACAAAGAUAUUGCGCCGAUCCUGGCUGUCGUCGAACAAGUAUGUCAGAGUCGAACCAUCCAUGGAGCAUGAGUACAUACGCCAUGGGCAGGUCGGGUUGCCGGAUGGCGCGGCGACUCAACCUGACGUGCCAUGCUACCAGAAAGUAUUUGCAAUUUUGAUGUUCAUGGGUCGACAACGUAAGAUAAAGGCUUUCGUUAAGGAACAAGUUUGCGAUACAGAUCUUCCUCUGGAGGUUAAAAACUUCGAGCUACGCCGCCGUAGCGAUGAUCAGUCGGUUCUGAAGUGUCUCAAAGAACCCAGCGACAUUGAACAAUUUGUAACCUUCCAGUGGCGGGUUCUCGCACGCACGUUCCACAAAACAGAUGACGGAAAACAUCCGCACUUCGAAGCAACUGUAAAUGAAGUUUUGCCUUUCACAUCGUGGAAAUUCACGGGGCGUUGGGGCGCGUCCGGUAAGGUCUACAAAGCUGAAGUACAUCCGGAUCAUCAUGCAUUCGACGAGAAAGAGGAAAGUGGAGUUCCCAAUAACGUGGUUGCAGUGAAGAUCUGCGUCGACGACCCCGAGGCGUCCCAUGAACUCAAUGUGCUUCGAAACUUGCGCAAAAAGGAACAUCUCCAUCAUCACUUGUUGUCAUUGGUCGCGUCCUACAAGCAGCAUGAUUCCCUCUUUUUGAUCCUGCCAUGGGCGGAAGCGGAUCUCAAUCAAUAUUGGAAAAUGAACAACCCAACAUCGCUGGGUAAGAGCGCCGAACUCUCUACUUGGCUGAAACAACAGUGUUGUGGCAUAGCUCAGGCGGUCUCCCAGAUCCAUCGUUACAAGACGACAUCUGGCACAACGAUGCUCUCCGAAAUCACUUCCCGGAAGCCAAAAACCAAGUCUGCGCAACGCCACCCACAAUCGAACCAGUCGCCCGAGCCUCGAAAUCCAAAACUUCUUUUCGGUCGGCAUGGCGAUAUCAAGCCUGCGAAUAUCCUCUGGUUUCCUGGCAAGCGGUCUGACAAGUGCUUUGGAACUCUAAAGCUCUCUGACUUUGGAACCACGCAGUUCAGCGAUGGAGAAAGAACCUUCAUGCAAGGUAGUUACGCCGUACCAUAUUCGAGAUCCUAUCAAUCGCCCGAAUGUCGACUACCGGGUGGGGAGCUUAGUAGUCAAUGUGAUGUCUGGGCACUGGGAUGUGUGUUCCUGGAAUUCGUAUGCUGGUAUGCUGGUGGGUAUGAGCUUUUGAAAGAGUUCGAAAAUGACCGUCUUCAUGCAGGCGGCUACGAGGGAUCAUCGUUCUUCUUCUUCAAGCCUGGAGACAGUCCACAAAAUUAUGUGCUAGGGCUCAAAGCGCCAGUUAUCAAGAUGAUCGAGACUUUGCAAGAAAGCUUGCAAGUCGACAGCGCGUCGAAUAGGCCCUUGCGGGAUGUUCUACGUUUUGUGGAGAACGACAUGCUCGUGAUCUCUUACGACGGUGCUUAUGGCGGGGACCGACUCAGCGGAAUUGACAGACUUACUUCCCUGAAUUUCCUCGGAGUGCAACAGCCAACAAGGAAUCGUCGGAAGAGUGCCGGUUAUAUUGCCCGUGAACUAGGAUCAGUUCCAGAAUCUCCAACAGAAAGGCUGGAUAGGCUUCACGAUGAUUUGGAUGGGCAGGGUUCCUCUUUCUGAAGCAGCUCUCCUCUCUCAUUAUCAUAUUUCCAUGCUAGGCGACUCUCAUCCCGUGUUGUCCAAACAGGAUGAUGGGCCUCACGAGCGAUUGGAGCCUUCUGACGAAUGAGACAGAUCAAGAAACUAGGAUGGGAUUGUGUUAGGCUUCAGUUGGAUUUAUGCUAGCGUAAUGGGCUGAUGUCGUUGUAUAUACGAGAGGGGGUUUCUGGCACGUCGUCAUGGCACGAGGCGCUUCCUUCGUUCUUUGCCUGUUUAUGUUACGACCUGACUAUACGUUAGAAGGGCCUAAAGUCGGAAAGCAACAGCAACGGCUCCUGACAGUUACGAGACAGCACCGAAACAGCUAAGUCAUGGCCUGACUUUGUUAUGUGAUGUGUGAUGAUAGUUUUUGAACUGUAGAUCAAGGUACAAUGAUGACGGUUGUAGCAUUAUAUUUGUUCCAUUUUCUGUU